AUGCCGAACCUCUCCAUUCGCAACCUGACCAUCCACCCGCUGGAGCUCGUCUCCGCCGAGCGCUUCGCCGCCGAGCGCGUCAAGACGGUGGGCAUGCUGUCGAGCAUUGGCAGCGCCGUCAGCAACUUUCUAAACGCUACCGAGAGCUUCUCGUCGGAGCUGCGGGUCAGGGAGGACGCGGUCGGCAGCGACCGCCGCGACGUGUCGUUUACCGCCGACGCCUUCCAGACGGCCGAGACGGACGUGGCUGCCGCGGAGUCGGGCGCGGAAGUGGUGCGACUGACGUUUCGGACCGAGGAGCACCAGUACGAGACGGACGUGCCGAGCCCGUCGUCCAGAUCGGCUGUGAUGCGCAAGCUCGACGAUGGGCCGCACGACCUCACCGUCGUCUACGUUCCCAGGGAAGGGCUCGUCGCCGUGUACUCGUCGGCGCGGCUCGACGGCUGGAUGGGCGAGCUGCGCGACGAGUGGCCGCUGCCGUCGCUGUCGCUGCCCGGCACGCACAACUCGCCCACGUGCUACAAGGCGCUGCCGUCGGUGCGGUGCCAGGCCGUUGGCGUGCCGGAGCAGCUGCAAAACGGCGUGCGCUUCCUGGACAUUCGCGUCUCCGCGAGCAAGGACGACGACCGGCUCGCGCUCGUCCACAGCGUCUUCCCCAUUUCGCUGACGGGCACAAAGUGGUUCGGCGACAUGCUCGAGGACGUGUACCGGUUCCUCGACGAGCACGCCAGCGAGACGGUCAUCAUCAGCCUCAAGCGCGAGGGCACGGGGAAAGGAUCAGACAGCGAUCUCGGCCGGUACCUCAAGGACGGCUACGUCGGCAAGCGCCCGGACAAGUGGUACACGGAGCCGCACGUGCCGACGCUCGGGCAAGUGCGCGGCAAGAUUGUGCUGAUGCGCCGCUUCGGCAUCGACGACGACCUCAAGGGCGAGUGGGACGGCCAGGGCUGGGGCCUCGACGCGUCGGCGUGGCCCGACAACUGCGAGGACGGCCAGGCCGGCAGCUGCGCCAUUCGCGUGCAAGAUUUUUACGAAGUCUCCGAGAGCAACAACAUUGACAAAAAAGUCAGCUACAGCCACGGCCACCUCGAGCGCGCCGGCGAGCACUCGUUUCUGCUCCCCGGCAUGGACGGCUACGACGAGGGCGCCGCCAAGCCGCCCUUUUACGUCAACUUUUUGAGCGCCAGCAAUUUCUUCAACGCCACCUGCUGGCCGGAGCGCAUCGCCGCAAAGGUCAACCCGCGCGUCGUCGACUAUCUCUGCACGAGUCACGGCGUCGAGGGCAAGGGCCCCAACGGCCUGGGCAUCGGCUCGGCUGGCGCGGGCAUCGUUGUCACGGACUGGGUCGGCGCCAAUGGCGACUGGGACUUGAUCCGCUGCAUUGUCGGCAUGAAUGCCCGUCUACAGAUUCACGGCUAG